AUGGCUAAUGGUUACUCUGAGCAUCGGUUGCUGAGAAUAACAAAAUUACUGUCUAAAGUUGGUAUUGUCAGGAAAACCACACCCUUCCACAAGAGGGGCUACAUAAAACACUGGGACUAUCCACAUGUAAUGUUUUCUAAUGAGACUGGGGAUGGUCCUAUCCUAGUAGAAAGCUUUCAUGGGGUAAUUGGAGAUGUAUUUCACAUCUUGAGACAAACACUGAACUUCACAUCUCAUUGCUUCAUACCCACUGACCUCAUGUGGGGGAGCCUCCGUGACGGGAAUUGGACGGGGAUGAUUGGGGAUCUCGCGGAGGAUCGAGCAGACAUAGCCGUAGCGAACAUGGAUUACACUUACGCAAGGAGCCAAGCUGCUGACUUUCCAUAUGGGUUGCGGACUGGAGGAAAUGUUUUGGUGAUAAAAUAUGUUCCAGCCGUCGAGAAUGCUAGAAACAGCUACACUAGAGAAUUCACUUGGCCAGUCUGGUUAUUGGUCGUGUUAUUUGGAAUAAUAAUGUCCAUAUGUCUACUCUUUGUGUUCAAACACUCACCUAACCAGGAAGAGAAGCCUCUGUCUGAAGUUAUAUGGCUGAUUGUAGCAGCAUUUUGCAAUGCAGGAGAGACUGUAUCCACAGUGAGCACAUCCUCCCGAGUCAUCCUGCUGGUAUUGUACCUGACGACCAUGAUCCUACACGCUUCCUACAGCAGCUUUCUCAUCUCCUCCCUGACUGUAGAUAUGAACAACCUGCCAUUCACUGACCUGAGAACGAUGUAUGAAGCGAGGACCCAUUCCUUUGGGUUCACAGGUGGAGCUGGGGUGGAGGACGAAUUCAAGUUCCACUACGCCCCUAACCCAUCAGCGCUCAUCCCAUCUCUGCUAACCCCUCCUGUCACCUCCCUCCCUCAUCCUGCAUCCUUCCAGAAGCCCCUUCUCUCCACAUGA